GAAUUCUGCACCAUUUUUCUUUAAUUUCGAACAAGUACAUGCUUAUUGAUUUAUCCUUAUAGUGUUCAAGUAUCCUUACUACCAUCGGCCUGCUCCCACCUGUGUUGAAUUCGCGCCCCAUCCAAUUAUGGAAAACUCCAAUCAACCAGAUGCUUCCACUCGCCCUCACGAGUCGUCCUCCAUCUUCAUUCCUCCUAGCAUAGACUGCAAUCGGUUAUUCUCCGGCGAUUCCUUCUCCUAUUACUCGGAAUAUCCUAGCGCCACCGCACCCCAGGAUGAGCCCUCGACCACUGCUCCGGUACCUGAUCAGACAUCGACAAGCCCAUCCACGUCAUCGGAAGAGGACUACCUUGUCCUAGGUGUCGAUGAAGCCGGCCGCGGCCCUGUCUUGGGUCCCAUGGUGUACAGCGCCUUCUAUCUACCCCAUAAACUCCACCAUUCACUCCUAGCUCGGGACUACAGCUUCGACGACAGCAAAGUUCUCACACCAGCUGUACGGGCCAAUUUGAUGCAACUUAUUUGUACGCCGGUAAACCCGUUGUUCGAAUCGUGUGGAUUUGCGACAAAACUUCUGUCUGCUCGUGAUAUCUCGGCCGGAAUGAUGCGUCCUGCGCCGGGAGUUUACAAUUUGAAUGCGCAGGCUAUGGACGCAACGGUUGAGAUCAUUCGCGGUAUUGUCGAGGUCAGGAAGAUCAACGUCCGUGAGGUGUAUAUUGACACCAUCGGCAACCCCGCGGUCUAUCAGCAAAAGUUGGAACGGAUAUUCCCCACGCUGAAAAUCACUGUCGCAAAGAAGGCGGAUUCCCUAUACCCCUGUGUCAGUGCUGCAAGUGUUGCUGCAAAGGUCACUAGGGAUGUGGCGCUCGAUCUCUGUCACGCAGAAGUGUUGAAAGCCCAGCAACGUGAGGUAGACUUGGAACUUCCUCCAUCGGUCAGCUGGGGCAGCGGUUAUCCUUCCGACUCGAAAUGCGUCAAUUGGAUGCGGAAAAACAUGGAGCCUGUUUUUGGAUGGGGUAACGAAUGCCGGUUUAGCUGGGGAACUUCCAAAGAAAUGCUUGAGUCGAAGAGUGGAACAAACGUUGAUUGGCCUAUGGAAGAUGACGAGAACACACAAUUGACGGAUUUCUUGUUGACGUCCAACGGCUCCCUAAGGGGUUCGGAUCAAGAGCUGCGAGACUGGUUUGGAUCUAGGACGGCCGAGGUCCUUUGAGGAUUAAAA